UCUCUCUCUCCUCUCAGAGCUCUCUCAGUUUCUCUCUCUUCGAAUUCGCCGGCGAGAGAGACGAUGACGGAAGAGAAAGAUCAUCAGCCGGAGACCCCCGCCGGCGACAGUGCGAAGCGGAAGCUGGAAGACCCUGCCGCCAUGAGUAUCCUACUCGCGAAGCAGAAAGCUCAGGAAAUCGCCGCUCGCCUCGUCACCAAUGCCGAGUCGAAGCGCCCCCGAGUCGACGACGAGUCGUUCCAGCCCAACCCCGUCUACACUCCUCCGGCCUACCCUGUGUUCACUGCUCAAACAGGCUACGCUUAUGGUUCAGGCUCCAGCAAGAAAAUAGAUAUUCCAAAUGGAAAGGUUGGUGUAAUUAUUGGAAAACAAGGAGAAACAAUUAGACAACUACAAUUACAGUCAGGGGCAAAAAUCCAAAUAACCAGGGAUUCAGAAGCUAAUCCUAAUUCUCUAACGAGGGAUGUGGAGUUGACUGGUACAUCUGAACAGAUUAGUAGGGCAGAACAACUUAUUAAUGAUGUAAUAGCAGAGGCAGAUGCAGGGGGCUCUGUUCCAUCUACAAAUCAAGGUUAUAACUCAAUGCCAUCUGGAGGGGAACAGUUUGUCAUGAAAGUUCCCAACAAUAAGGUUGCUUUGAUAAUUGGCAAGGGUGGGGAGACUAUUAGGAAUAUGCAAACCAAGUCAGGAGCUCGUAUUCAGAUUGUACCUUUGCACCUUCCUCCUGGUGAUAUGUCAACUGAGAGAUCAGUAUAUAUAAAUGGAGGGCAAGAGCAAAUUGAGGCAGCCAAAGAAUUGGUGAACGAAGUAAUCAGUGGGAAGCGUUUAUUAAAUGCAUCUGGAACCAAUAGCUAUAUGCAGCAACCAUCCUAUCCCCCUUCGAGUAAUUGGGCCCCACCUGGGCAACCUCCAGUUCAGCAACAGCAGCCUCAUUAUGGGUACACACAACCCGGAGGAUAUGGUACACCUCCGGCACCUGCCUCAUACUAUGGUAACUAUCCGGCCCAGGGAGGUGGUUGGGAUCAGUCAAACCAGGUUUCCCAAGCACCUCAGGAUAGCAGUGGAUACAAUUAUUAUGGACAACAACCACCUAUGGGGUCAGCUCCCCCAAAUCCUGGCUACUACAAUCAGGCAUCUCAGGGUUAUGCUCAGCAGACACCUCAGGGUUACGCUCAGCAGCCGCCCAGUUAUGAUCAGGGUUACGCCCAGCAGCCCCCUAGUUAUGAUCAGAGUUACGCGCAGCAGCCCCCUAGUUAUGAUCAGGGUUACGGUCAGCCGCCGCCGAACUAUGGACAAAACAUCUCUAGUCAGGUUCCAGAAUCUGAUCAGCAACAAUAUGCAGCUUCUGGAUAUGGGCCACCUGCAGUGUCUUCAAGCCUAGAUGGCGGCUCUUCCGCACAAAUGACUCAGCCAUCUUCUGCAUAUGCACCUCCUUAUGGCCAGCCAACGGAUAACCCACAGUCUGGGUAUUGGUCUCAUCCGAGCAGCACAGGCCAACCACACGCCCAAGCAGGAUAUUACCAACCAAGUUAUGAAGGGCAGCAGCCAGCCGAAGAUGCUUCUGCAGCAUCUCAGCCAUCAUCAUAUGGACAAGGUGGGUAUGCUCAGCCAGACCCUUCUGCCAAUGGGGAGUCACAGCAUCAGCCAGAUCAGCAGUCGCAGCCACCUACCAAUGGAUAUGCAGACCAGUCGGCAGCUUCUGAAGCUGAAAGGACUGGUGACAGGAAUGUAGAAGGAGAUGGAUCAGCCCCUCCGACAGAACCUGUUGGUUCUCAAAACUGAAGUCGUCUGAACAAGGAUGUCAUCUUCUACUUUUGCCCUGUUUUUAUUUAUUAUUAUUAUUCUUUUGUUGGAAUGAAUUCUCAUUUGCACUCACAUUCCUAUCAUCUGUGUGAUUGCAUAGCAUCAUAUUCUAGCCUUGAAAUAUAAGUAGAAUAUCUUGUGAGACACCCUUGUUGAUCUAUGUUCAUAUAUGAUGAUAAGGCAUCAACAGUUGAACCAUGGACUGAGUUCUCUAGUUUGGUUUCGAUUAGUUUUUUCUUAUUCUUUUUCCGUAGGUCCAUGAAAUAUUGUAAUCGAUUGGCCGUGGAUGAGAUGUGUUUUUGACUUUUGUUCUCCUACAUGUUGACAGAUAAAUUUUGCUUGAAUACAAUGGCAGAUAACUGGUA